CAAAGUGUAGUACUGAAGCAGUUGGCUGCUCAUUUUGAGACGCAUUACAAGAUACAAUUACAUCACUGAACAAAGCAAAUAUAUGUUUUAUACCAGUCAACAUAACUGCAAAAAGUCAGUGUUUUUCAGGAACAUGGAUUCUCUCAAGCAUUGGAUAACAAUCUCAAUAUUUAUUUGCUCUGUCUGUAAUGGUGGUAAAAUUUUGGUGGUGCCUUUGGAGGGAAGUCAUUGGGUGAAUAUGAAUGUCCUCAUCAAGGCUUUGUAUGACCAGGGACACACCGUUGAUGUAAUACGCACCAGCAACAGCUGGUACGUCAAAGAAAACUCCCCUUAUUAUAAUGCUAUAACUGUACCCAACACCGCAGGACUUAAUGAAAAAUUUAUGAAAGAAGCACUCCAAAAAAUGAUUGACUACGAACGAGGAAAGACCUCUUGGCUCAGUUCAAUAAGUUGGAGAUUUGAAAUUUUCAGUAUUAUGAAAAAGGUCAACGAAAUGAUUUGUCAGCUUGUAAUAAAUAUAUUUGAAAGUGAGGAUAUUAUGCAUACAUUGAAAGACAAGCAGUAUGAUCUAAUGUUAACUGACCCAGCAUGGGGCGCCGGCAUUAUUUUGGCACAUAAACUCCAGCUACCGGUGGUCUAUAAUGUGAGAUGGACCGCAACUGGUGAAGGACACUUUGACAUCGCUCCCUCACCAUUGUCUUACAUUCCCAUAACAGGAUCGGGACAUGCAGACAAAAUGACGUUCUUUCAAAGAGUAAAAAAUGUUUUCUUCUUUUUCUUAAUGGACCUUCCAAACAGGCUUUUGACUGAGCCACAGUACCAAGCACUUUGUGACAAAUAUUUUAAUCCACCUGUAAAUUUUCGUGAACUUCUCCAGGGAGCUGAUAUUUGGCUGAUGAGAGUCGAUUUUGUUUUUGAAUUUCCUCGACCAACCAUGCCAAAUGUCAUCUACAUUGGCGGCUUCCAGUGCAAACCAGCAAAAGCUCUCCCACAGGACCUGGAGGACUUUAUGCAAACUUCUGGAGAUCAUGGUGUCAUCAUCAUGUCUUUAGGGACAUUUGUUAGUGACCUACCAGAUGACAUAACUGAAGAAAUAGCUGCUGCUUUUGCCCAGCUCCCUCAGAAGGUGAUUUGGAGAUACACUGGUAAGAAACCAUCUACUCUGGGCAAUAACACAUUACUGCUUGACUGGAUGCCACAGAAUGAUCUUCUAGGACAUCCAAAGACUCAAGGUUUUGUAGCUCAUGGAGGAACCAAUGGAGUUCAGGAAGCUUUGUACCAUGGUAUUCCAGUGGUUGGAAUUCCACUUUUCUUUGAUCAGUAUGAUAAUCUUCUUCGACUGCAAGAAAGAGGAGGAGCCAAGAUUCUCUCUAUCGCAACUUUAGAUAGGAACAUACUGCACACGGCCAUUAAGGAAGUCAUCAAUGAACCGUCCUACAGACUGAGUAUGCAGAAGCUUUCUCAUCUUCACAGAGACAAACCAGUUCAACCUUUAGACAGCGCCCUCUUCUGGAUUGAGUUUGUUAUGAGACACAAAGGUGCUGCUCAUCUUCGUACAGAGUCUUACAAACUGCCUUGGUACUCCUAUUACUCAGUAGAUGUUGCAGUUGUAUUGUUUACAGUUGUUUUGAUAUUUACUCUCUCUGUUUUUUGGACAGUUAGAUAUCUGUGUGUCAUCUUGUGCUGGGGCAGAAAAAGGAAAACUGAGUGAUGUUUACAUAUGAAGUGUCAUCUUCACUGUUAAUUUAGAAUAAUUAAUUUUUUGCUUCUUUGUUGUAAAAACUCCCAAGUUUUCAGUUCUAAAUGUACAGUAUGUUUUUAUAGUAUAUUGUAGUAAAAUCUUAUGUCAAACUUUUUAGUACUAGUUGUUUUAAAGUAUGUGAUUUGUUGGCAUUAAUGCUUCCAUAACACAAACCGUUUCUGUGUAUUUGAUGUUUAAUUACAUCCUUCAUAUCUCAGAAGAGUUUUUAGUUUAAUCACAUUUAUAAAAGACAGAUCAGCUCAUUUAUAAAAGACAUCAAAUAUGAACUUCUCCACAGUUUAAUCUGCCAUUUCAUAUAAGCCAGUACUUUAAAUUCAUAUAGAUUUGAUUACCUGCCAACGUUUCAUCGUUUAUCAGUAAAAAAAAAAUCGCUUGGUGAUCCCAAAAAUAUAAUUUCUUGUAUCUUUAUUGUUGUAGUUGUGGGUAGUGCUAAUCUCUUUCAUGUUGGAUGAUUUUUAAAAGUAUAGUUAGUAAAGAGCACUUAAACCAACAAGGUGUUUUUCUUACAUAAUGAUUAAAUGUCCCUGUAUGAGUAAAAUGUGUGUUAUGUCCAAAACAUAUUUGUAUAGUCAAUCAUUUGUGGGUGGCGGGGGCCCUAAAAUCUCUGAGGUCCCUUGAAUUGUAACUGUAGUUUGCAUGGUGGCAAGAAUCACAAAAAGUAUAAGGCUCUUAUUGUUUACUCGCUCAAUCCCCAGACCGUAACACACUAU